ACUGCGGACGCACCGAAGGUGCAAGAAAAGAGAUCAAAACAUCCUGCAGGAUGUAACCUGGUGACAGUUUUCUUUUGCUCAUGAUUUAUUUACUUUUCGAAUGGCGAAAUAAAUGUUAAAAUGGAAAAACUGUUCCUCUCUUCGAGUACGAAGAAAGUUCUUAACUUAGAAACUGAGCUUGUCAAAGAACUGAAAGAACUCAAAGACGAGAUAGAGGAUGCCGAAUCGCUCUACAGUUCAGGGGGAAAGCCGUUCAGCUCUGUGGCUGCCCCAAAUGAUGCAGAAUAUUUUCGAAAUGAAAGAAAGCUUGCUCUCAGGAAAGCUUUAAAAAUUCAGAAAGCUAUGCCACUUUGUAUCAAAUCUGAAAUCAUGAGACAGGAAAUGCUAUCCUCCUCAAUGGAUGAAUACAAAAGAGAUUCAAUUGGUUUGAUUUUACACCAAUUUUUUACUGAGCAAGUUCAGUGCUUAGCUUUCUGUAAAGCUAUGCACAUGCUGAGAUGGGCUCGUAUUUGCCGAGACAGCAAGACCAUUGGAGGCAUUUAUGAGCAAUAUAUGAAGAGAUUAGAUGAUAUAAUGAAGGAGCAAAAAGAUGCAAUUUUGAGGUCCAAGCGAUUAGCAAAAUGCCGAGACCUGAGUAAAAGGACAGUAUCUCUGCAAUACAUCACUACCGAAGACCUUCUUAUUUACACAAGAUGGCUGAUAUGUCACCUUCAUUCUGUUAAACACAUUCACUCUUUUAUUCGGCAACUAGAGUGGUUCCCCAUGACUAAACUCAACCAAAUUCAUCCUGACUCUGGCAGCGAAGAAAAUUCCAAUGGUAAAUCAACAAAAUCUCAGGCAAUCCUCCGCUCCAUAACUCGGAAACUUUCCAUGGGCAAAGCAUUUUCGCCCAUGAAAAGAAAUGUGACAACGUUCUCAGACUCAUCUAUUCCAUCUGCCCCUGCUUUGUCCUACGAUGUCCCCAAGUCUACGAAAUACUUUGGUGACGUCACUUCGAUUGCUGCUGCAAGUGGAGGUGGCUUGGCUUCAGACGAAGUUACCUUGUCAAUUCCACUGAAUGAUGUCGACAUCUCUUCGUAUUCUACAGUGCUUGACUUUCUUUUAUGUUGCUAUGGAAUCCGCAUGCAAACUCGAGACCUUAAGAGCCGCUCCGAUGAAAUGGACAUGCUCCACUUGGUCCUAAGGAAGUUCAAAACAGUCUACUAUGACCAGGAGCAGAUGCGUCACUUUCCAAUUUACGAUACCGAUAUAAUCGGUACAAGUGCAAAACUGACGGAACAAAACAAAACUGUAACAUACAAAAAGUAUUGCGAUUGGACUGAUUUUAUGCAGAUUAGGCCAAGAAUUGAUGGAAAUGAAACCAAAAACAUGACAAUUCUCAAAGAAAAAUGUCUGUUUGAUGAGCUUCUUCGAAUAAAUUCGCAAUUUUUUCAUGUUAGCGACAGUCAGAAAGCAUUGAAUUGUUUGAGGGAACAUGCCAAUUGUGUCCACGAGCAAACACAGCUGCAAGCUAUUUCAGUGACGACUCAUCGAACAGGAAACGAUACGACAGCUCUGUGGAAUAAAAUAUUUGACUACUCAAAUCGAAGGAAUUCGAAACCAAACAAGGAGCCUCUUGGUUUUGAAGUGAAGUUAUCCAGUGGUGACAUCGAUAGUUUAGAUGACAGUGCAUUGGAUCUCAGCGCAGCUGUAGAAAUGCUUGGCUUGGAAAAUGAAGAUCAAAAGAGGCACCCACUUGCAAACCACGGAACCUAUUUGGCAUACCUUGCAUUACGACACUUAAGAAUACGGGACCUUCAGCGAACAUGUCUCAGUGUCCUCAACUACUUUCGUUCCGUCGAGAGAACGUUAACAAUCGAUGAUGGAGGACUAGUUAAGAAUGAAGACGGAUUCAAAAUAAAAAAGACUCACCCUAACGAGAACCGCAGCUCACUUGGUGUUGGCGCUCACCAAUACGUUCAUAACAGUCCUGCUGAGUUUCGGGCUGAAGAGCGGGAAUUUCUUGAAACCUUGGAAAUUGAAAACCAGGAUGAUUACUACUCUCUGUCUGACGGUCGCAUUCAUGUGCAAGAUCACAAAGGAGUCUUUGUCAUCUACGACAAAUCCCUGGAAGAUUUCAGGGAAAUCGAAAAACAGUUACUCCUGAUUGGUUCACAUUUCAUUUCAAAGUUUGGAGGCAAGGACAAAAACGAUAUUAAAGUACAGCAACAACAAGGCAGCGACUUUGAUCUUGAUGCAUAUAGUCGCAAAGAUAUUGAUAGGUUUGGUGUGAUUUUGGAUUUGUGGACAAAUGAAGCUGCUUAUUUAGAAAAUAAACGCAAGCUUGUUUCUGGCUACUUUGAGAUUUAUCAGCAUAUUUUCAACCCAAAAGAGAAGCACACAUUUGCUCAGAUGAUUGCAGACGUGAUCCACGAACGACCAAGGCUCGACUUUUCGGAGUCGUACUUUAUCAGAACAUAUCGCAACGAAUGCCACUGUUUGAGAUUGCGACUUGGCCUCAUAGAAAAUAUCGCCAAUAAACAGGUUGAACUUCAGCGUGACUAUGUUCAAAAGGUCAAUCGUCAAGAGGAAUCUGUGUUUGGCAUGCCAUUGAGUGUAAUUCCGAUGCAGAAUAUUUCACCAAUUGAAAGCAGGCCUACGCUUCGUCAUAUCUACCUUAUGGAAUUUCACCCAUCCCUUGCGUUAAUUUGUAAGGUGACAGAGGCCCUCGAAACAACAAAAAAGGAGUUUGAAAGGAUUCACCGGCCUACAACUACAACGCAAUUGAUUUCCAUGGAAAAACGGCUGUACGAACUUGCCAUUGAAGAAUUUUCAAAGUUAAAGCCAGUUGGUCAUGAUUAUUCAAGCCAGGUUCAACGAGAUAUUUUUUCAGAGGCAUUUAUCGAAGAUCCUCUAUUUGUCUGUACUUUCGCUCAAUCGGCUAUGUCAUUGGUGAACUCUAAGCAAAAGAUUAAAUCGGUGAAAGAGGAAAAGAAUGCAUCUGUUCUGUUUUGGUGCAAGGUUUUGCAAAUCCUAACUCUGCGGCAUAGAUUAAUUGAAUGCUGCGAUGAAUCAAGUAUUCUCUCUCAAGUUUAUAAGUUAAAAGCGAAAGAGCUUGGCUUUGACGAAUGUCAUCUUUUCAUGCGGGCAGUGUCAUUUGAAUUUGCUCAAAAGAAGUCUGAUGUCGAAACGAAACCUCUUUCGACAGCUCAGUUGAUUCAAAAUGAUAGUGUUGUUGACAGAUACACACCUAAUACGCUCUUUUUGGCAAUUCAAGAGCUAGAUGAAAAACAUUUGGGAAGUUUCAGUCUUAGGACACAAGAUGGUCUUCUCUUUCUUUGUCAAGAUGAAAAUGUAGAAAGAUUGAAGACAACAGUUUUGUGUCAGGUUGUUCACAAGAACCUUAUUGCUUCAUCCUUGUUCCAAAUCAAUAACUGUUUGGUUGCCGAGAAGAGGAAUAGUCUCAUCCCGUCUUUGAGGAACUCAGCCAAUUCUGUUAUCAAUGAUAACACUGCCUCGAGUGACGACCCUUUCAAAUCUGCCAAAGUGCUAAAUGCAUGGAAGAGGAAGGUGCAAGAAUCCUUUGUAUCAAUCCAACUUGAAAAGGGAUUUCUACGAAAUCAGAUGUUGAACGAUUUUCUUGCUGAAAAGGCUGUCAAAGGUGUCAUAAUGAACAAUAUCGACGAAGUCAUCAAGCUGAAGAGGAAAAUGAUCUUACUGUUUUGCAACAAGGUGCACGCUAGAAUGACUCAACAUGCUCUCAGAUCGCAGAUUAUUUCAUACGUCUAUGGAUUGAGAGACCUCCUUGAUGAUUUUCCCAAAACCAGGGACACACAUUUUGUUCUUGGGACUUACGAAGAAGACAGUAAAACUGAAGAAAAUGAAGUUUCUGUCGACCCAAAGAAAUUUACAAGAAGGCCCUUGCAGACAAUGUCAGUUGAUGGAAAAUCCCUUUCGAACCUUUGGUAUUUGCCACAUUAUAGGGAGGUUUUACAGAUGUUUGCAAAACUGAAGGAAGAAAAUCUGAAUGCUCGUUUGACGUUGAUACUUCGACUUGUUUCUUCGCUGUACGAUAUAUGCCAGUACCUAUGUUCCCAUGCAAGGCUAGGCAGUGCACAAGCUCGUCUUGGCUCAAAAAAGCUGCAGUUUCACGGAGUUACAGCUGACUGGGGCGGUUCUGAAGGAAUCGGAGCAGAGCUAAGGGAAAUACAGCAGCAGAUUAAUAAUCUUGAGGAUCCAUCAGAUCCAAGCUCAGUUGCAAAAUUUCUUGAAACGAAAAGGGACACGAUGUUUCUAGAAUUUGAUAUCGUUGUGAGGCAUUCAGCAAGAGACACAUUUUUGUCAGCUGGCAACGAGAAGGCAUUUAAGAGCAUUGUUAGUUGUUCCAAUGCCGCUGUGCGAGCCAUCAGUGACGUCACAAGGCCGUCUGCCUAUAGCUUUGGCUUCGAGGUUCCUGAUCCACUGUUUUCGGAAGACGACACAUCAUUUGAAAUUUGUCCUUGGAGAACGUUUCUUUCACGUCACGGCUGCUUCCCUUUAAUGGAGAAACCAGUGCAUAAAAUUGGCUCGUACAUGCUUCAGUGUUUGGCAGGGCUUGAAGAUAUUGAUAGACAUGUAGUAAAUGGUGAGAUUCUUAGUUUGUCGCUGCUGCAAGAAGAUGCCUUAAUGCACGGAGCUAUAGAUAUGACGUCCCUACUUAACUCCAACGGUGACAAAGAACUUGGUGACGAGGAAGCUGAUGCCAGUCUCACUGGCUCUAAAGAAAUCAUCAAAGUUUCAGAAAGCAAAAAAAGCCAGCUCAAACUUUCAACAAAGGGAAAACCAAUGGAAGCUUUGCAGUUUUUGAAUGAUUUUUUGAUCCUUUAUUCAACCCUCGAGCAAAUCAAAGAUGACUGGGCUUGCAGAAAGCUUGGUGUUUCUGCAGUUAAAUCUACAAAAACCUAUCGCUCUUUUAUGACGAUCUACAAAAGUGAUGUGAUGCAAGUUAUCUUCAAGCAAAUCGCUGCAAAAAGUGGGAGGGACGAUGAUUACGACCAAAAUUUUCUAAUUGGCGACAAUGAACGCCUUUCUUUACCAACUGAAGUUGGCGAGUUUGAAAUCAAGGCAAGACAGCUUCUGCGCCUAGUUGAGAGUUUGGAAUGCUCAAUGAUAAAUGACGUCACUCGAAGGUUAUCAAGAGAACAAACACUUGUAAUAGCCGAAAGAAGCAGAGACGACCCUCAUUUGCCCACUGACUUGUGGAAGAAGCCGUCGAUGAAGGAAAACAUUGCUGUCAGCCGACCUCAUGUUCUUGAAGACUUCAUUUCAACAUUAAUGAGUGACCAUCUUUCCAGUGAAGAUUCUGUUACAUUUAGCAAGAACCAUUUAGAGAAGUGCCUUGUCGACCUUUCUUCUGAGACUGCCCAAAGGGAGAGACAGGCUUUCGAGAUAUACACAGGUUUCUAUGAAGGUAUCCUCAGGCAACAGCAUCAGACUCUGUACCUAAAAGAACAGGAAAUAAAGCAAGCGAAGAGUGACUCGCAGAGCAGCGUUGCUGAUCAUACUGUCGACGUUGACUGCAUGAUGGCUGAAAAAUGCCGGGCAUUAGUACUUGAAAUAACGGCGCUUAGAGCAAAGGUUUCUGAGAUGACAGACGAAAUAAAAGAACAGGAAAAUACAUUGCGUGAAAAAUUCAAGCAAGACUACAACACGCUUGUCAUCGAAUUAUUCAACAAUGCAUUCAGCAUGAAGAACAGAUUUGAGCAAUUCAGAUCAUGUUUGUAUGAUGAUGUUUUUGAUUGUCUUGGCGACGUUCGAAAGCUCGCUGUACAUAAUAUGAAGAAACUGAGAGAGAAAUCUGGCCAAGCGGAUGCCGAAAAUAACGCACUGAGUCAAAGACUGAUAAGAGCAGAGCAACUACGCGAGGCUCAGUGGGAAAGUAAAAAUCUUCUGAACAUGAUUUUGAAGCUGAGAGCUUUCAGUCACUGGAACAAAACGAAGACUAAUUCAAAAUCGCAAGUUCAACUUGGAAAAUUGCGGCAGCAGCUUACCCGUGUGACGAAAGAAUCUUUAGAAUCGACUUUAGUCCAAGAAGAAAAGGAAAUUCUUUUGAAACAAGAAAUAGCUUCUCUCCGUAAGGCUCUCAGUCAGUCAGAAAGAGAUUGCCAAAUUUUGAGAAAGAGGCUUUCAAACGAGCACCAAGUUAAGCUGCAGAAAUCAAAUUCACAAAUCCAGGAAGCUUUUAGUCAAAGAAAAAUUGAUUUGGCUAAAACAGCGAAUAUUGAAAAGCUAUUGCAAGAGCUAGAGUUAAAGGAUGAGAAAUUACGCAUACUUUCAGAGUUGACGGAUCGAGACAACUCCGUUACAAAGCGGUCACAAGCUGAAUCAAAACGGGCACUGAAACAGAUUUUAAAUCAGCUUUCUCAUGAACGAAGUUUAAAGUUGGAUGCAUUUGAUAGAUGCGACGAUCUCCAAAAACAGAUUGAUGAAUAUGAGGAGCACCUUGAACUGAUUGCCAGACCGUUAUCGUCCCAGUCUCAUCACGUGUCGUGCUUUCCAUCUGUUCCUGGUGGUCGAACAUCUCCGCAGCGGGCUUUGGUUUCUGCGAGGCCUCACACUCACACUGCUGGGAGAACAAGCCAGAGAAGCAGGGCAUCUAGGCCCCAGACCUCACAUUGGUGGACGUCUGCUGCAUCCCCGACGCCCUACUCCGAAGGACCUAAACCAAGAACAAAGCAGGACAAGGCCAGUAGGUUUUUGGAAAGUGAAAAAACAACUCUUCGUCUCAAGAAGAAGAUUUCAGAUACACUGUUGACAGAUUUCGAUAACACGGAUGACUAUUGAUUUGCGUACAAAUAAACCUGUAAUUUGUUACCACUUUGUCACUUUUUAAGCAGCCAGCUAAAAGUUGAAAGUUAAGUUAAAAAAUACGCUGUUUUGAUGCACUCGCGUUGCCAUUAAUUUUCAUCUAUAUUACUUUCUUCGUCCGACUCAUC